GAGUGUGCGCGUAUGUGUAGAUUGUUUUUAUUUAGUGUAAUUUAUUCAACCUGAUCUAAAAUAUGAACACAGUAAACAUAUUGUUUAUGGUGGUUUUCCUAAACCUUUGUGUUUAUGCAAGAAGUGGAAAGAUACUAAGUUCGUACAAUAAAGGAAACGGCUAUGGAUACGGUGGGUACGAAGGAUACGGUGGUGGAUUAUACAACAAUGGGAAAGGGUAUGGAAACAACUACUACAGUGACGAAUCUAUAACGUCAAUGAAAGAAGAUCCCAGUUAUAAUUCAUACAACAAGGAAUAUGGAUAUGGUGAGUACGGUGUAUACGGUGAAUACAGUGGCGGAUUAAACAACAAAGGGUACGGGUAUGAAAACAACUACUUCAGUGACGAAUCAAAAAAAGCUUUAAUAGAAGAUCCCAGUUAUAAUUCAUACACCAAAGGUUAUGGCUAUAGUGGAUAUGGAGGAUACGGAGGUGGAUUAUACAGCAAAGGGUACGGGUAUGGAAAUAACUACUACAGUGACGAAUUAAAAAAAGCUGUAAAAGAAGACCCUACUUAUAAUUCAUACAACCAAGGAUAUGGCUACGGUGGAUACGGUGGGUACAAAGAGUAUGGAUAUGGAAACAACUACUAUAACAAAGAGUAUGGAUACGGAAACAACUACUAUGACGAAUCUAAAUCAACAAUAAAAGAUACCUCAAAUAAUUUAUAAAAUAAAGGGUAUGGACAUAACAGAUAUAGAGGUAAUGGUGGAUCAUAUAAUAAGGUUAUGGAUACGGAAAAUCUUAUUUCAACGACGAAUAAAAAAGAAUUAUUAGACGAGUUUUUUUAAAUUUUGUAAAUCAUUAUUUUGCAUUGGAUUUCUUUUAUUUAAUUAAAUGUUUAACAUAAGUUUUUGAAUAAUGUCUUUUUAAACAGGAAGAAAUUUUUACUUACACUGUAAAGAACG